AUGCUACGUACUAAAGUAAAUCCAACAGCACAUUCUCGUCCAGAUAAACAAAGUGCUGAAGAAAUAAUCAAACGUAAUAGUCCCGGUUAUGCAGUUGGUGGUGAAGAUAAAGAUCAUUUUUGGCGUAUGGUUACUCUUUCAAUAGAAUAUUUAAUGGGUGUUGGAAUUCAUAGUUUUGCAAUUGAUGUUGUUACAUGUUCAGCACUUGAUUUUGAUAUUUCAAUAUAA